UGUUCGUGUCUGUCAAUGUCUGUCUGUUUGUUGUUGCGUUGUUCUAGUCGGUCCGUGUCCGUGUUGUUUUGUUUUUCGUAUUGUUUUCUGUUGCCAUGCUGUGGGUGUCCUUUGUCUGGUGUUUGUAUUGUUUUUAUUGACGGCGUUGUUCCUGUUGUUUGGCUCCAGGCAUCAAGGACCACUCGUUCGGACGAGGACAGUGACCUUGGAUGGGACGCCUGGGGGUUGUGGAGUGACUGCUCGCGGACCUGCGGAGGGGGGGCGUCCUACUCACUGCGCCGCUGCCUCAACGGAGGAAACUGCGAGGGCAAAAACAUCCGCUACAAGACCUGCAGCAGUACGGACUGUCCGGCCGAUUCCGGCGACUUCCGCGCCCAGCAGUGCUCGGCCCACAACGACGUCAAGUACCAGGGCUCGGCGCGCGACUGGGUGCCAGUGACCUAUGACCCCUCAGCACCCUGCGCCCUCCGCUGCCAGGCCAAGGGCAGUAGCGGCAGCCUGGUGGUGGAGCUGGCGCCCAAGGUCCUGGACGGGACGCGGUGCCAGGCCGGCGCCCCGGACAUGUGCAUCAGCGGCGUUUGUCAGGAGGUGGGCUGUGACCGGCAGCUAGGCAGCGGCGCCAAAGAGGACAACUGUGGCGUGUGUGGAGGAGACGAGUCUACCUGUCAGCUGGUGCGCGGUCAGGCUCUACCGCACAUGUCCUCCGAAGAACACUAG